AUGCAUCAUUGCCUGUGGAAAUAUAUCAUAGUUGCUCUGUCCUUCAUCUUCCUAAGCUUCUUCCUCCAGGAGAAUAAUGAAGAGCAUCUUGAGUACAGUUUAUCAUUGGAGGAGGAAAAGAAGAAAAUACUGUGGCAGCUAGACCAGGAGCGAAUCAGAUUUGAAAGCAAAAACCAUCUGGACACCUUCAAGGAGAUGCAGGGAAACUCCCCCUUACUCCAUCAUGCCAACUACAAAUUCCUGGCUGGAGCCCCUCCCCAGGAAAAGAAACUGUUGACAGUGGGGAUUUCCUCAGUGUGGAAUCCUCACGGGAGCUCCCUCUUGGAUACCCUGCAGUCCCUGUUUCAGGCUUCCGCAGAACCCGAGCUGAAUUGUAUCGUCGUGCUGGUCCACCUGUCAGAUCCUGACCCUGAAUGGCUCAGCCAAGCAGUUGCCAAUAUUUCAGGCCUCUUCAAACCACACAUUGAGGCCCAGAAGCUGCUCGUCAUCCAUAGUUGUCUCAGUGGCUCUCCUUUCCCAAGAGAUCUGAAUAACGUUAAUCAUUCCUCACCCUGUGAAGCACGUUAUUCCAGGCAGAAAGUUGAUUAUGCCCUCCUCAUGAACUUUGCUAUCAACCUCUCUGAAUACUUUCUGAUGCUAGAAGAUAAUGUUCACUGCACCCCAAAAUUUAUUUCUACCAUCUACUGGGCAUUAUCAGCCUGGAAAGAAUUACCUUGGGUGAUCCCGGAGUUCUCCAGCUUGAGCUUCUCCGGGAAAGUUUUCCAUACCAGUGACCUCUCCCGCCUGACUUCUUUCUUCCUCCUCUUCCAUAAGGACACUCCUACUCACUUGCUUCUCUCUGAAUUCCGUCUUCUCUUGGCUCAAAACACUCCAAUUCGUUUCAGUUCUUCAGUCUUCUACCAUAUGGACAAUUAUUCUGUGUUGGAGGACACAUGCUUUCCUGUGGAGAAGGAAAAGAUCCUUGGUGAACCAGACAACCCCGUUGCCAGUGUCCUCACUGACGUGAUGACAACAUCAAAUAUUAUUCCACAAUACGCUUAUACUCUGAACAAGGAGUUCUAUUCUACCCUUGAUCCUAUAAGAGGCAACUACCUGACAGUGAUUAUGGAGAGGCCACAAAAAGUCAUCCAGAUAGAGGUGCUGACAGGUUCUGACAAGCAAGGGCAAGUAGAACUGGGCUAUGAUCUCUUAGAGAAUUCCAACGGCUGUGCUCGCUAUUCCCUGCUAGGUCCACUGGUGGAAGGAAAUUUGGACCAGAUAUUUUAUGAAGAAGAUUCUGUGGAGGAGUUGCAUUGUAUACGACUGCUGGUGCUAGCGUCUCAAGAGUCUUGGCUCCUGAUCAGGCAGAUCAAAGUCUGGACUCAGCACAAGGAGAAGGAGAGUUAG